AUGUCCUACAGCUUCACUGUUUACCACGGCACUUUUAUUCAUUUGCCUAUGGUGAAGGAUCAGUCCUCGAAACCAGUGUUAGUCCGCAACCGUGGUGCGUUGUGGGUGUCUACUACCGAUGGACGGAUUAAAGGUUUCGAUUGGAAUGUUCAAGAUGAGGCAUCGCUUCAAGAUUUGAUCCUCAAGAAAAGCUGGGUUGAUACAGAAGCUCAGACUACAGAUAAUGGAUCCAACACGCAGGUCAAGAUUGUUAGGACGAGCGAUGAAAAGAAUGAGUUUUUCUUCCCUGGGUUUAUUGAUACCCACAUUCAUGCACCGCAAUACCCUAAUGCAGGCCUUUUCGGUUCAUCAACACUCCUAGACUGGCUAGAGACAUAUACAUUCCCAAUGGAAUCGAGCUUCGGGGCACAACCCGACAAGAACUCCUCACAAGAUCUAGCGCACACGCCACAAUCAGCACUACGCGUCUACGACCAAGUUGUCGCACGCACUCUUUCCCACGGCACGACCUGUGCAUCUUACUUCGCAACCAUCCAUGUCCCGGCAACAAAUGCCUUGGCAGCACUAUGCCACAAACGCGGCCAAAGAGCCUUCAUCGGCCGCGUAUGCAUGGACGAUCCCGACUUCUGUCCAUCAUACUACAGAGACCUUUCACCCGAAGCCUCGGUGAGCGCAACAACUUCUACAGUACAGUACAUCCACAGUCUAGACCCAAAUGGCAAACUUAUCAAGCCAAUCAUCACACCACGCUUCGCACCGACUUGUUCGCGGCCUGCGUUGCGCGAAUUGGGGAAUCUGGCUAAGCGAUAUACGCCGCCUCUACAUAUUCAGACCCAUAUAUCGGAGAAUACGAAUGAGGUCGAGCUUGUGAAGAAACUAUUCCCUGAGGCGGAUAACUACGCUGCUGUUUACGAUAUGCAUAAUCUGCUCACACCGCGCACCAUCCUCGCGCAUGCUGUCCAUCUCACUGCGGACGAACGCGCUCUGAUUGCUAAGCGCGAUGCGAAGAUCUCGCACUGCCCCGCUUCCAACUCGGCUCUUGGCUCGGGCAUUUGUCCUGUGCGACUACUUCUCGACGAAGGUCUGACUGUUGGUCUUGGCACUGACGUCAGCGGGGGAUAUAGCCCCAGUAUCCUCGAAGCCGCACGACAAGCAUGUCUUGCAUCGAGAUUACUCAGCCACACCUCUUCCUACGAGCAUGAUGGUUCAGGACGGGAGAAGUUGUCUGUAGAAGAGAGUCUGUAUCUAGCAACGCGGGGUGGUGCGUCUGUUGUUGAUAUGGCAGGUGAUAUUGGCGGGUUUGACGAGGGAAUGAUCUGGGAUGCGCAGUUGAUUCAACUCGGUGUUGUGAGCGCUGUUGAAGAUGUGUUUGGUUCUACGGGUGAGAGUAGUAGCUUGGUUAGAGCCGGUCCUGUUGGUAAUGUUGAUUUGUUUGGUGGGGAAACUUGGGAAGAGAUGGUCCAGAAAUGGGUUUGGAAUGGUGAUGAUCGGAAUGUUAAGGCUGUUUGGGUUGGAGGGAGGCUGGUGCAUGAGAGGGCUUGA